AUGGUGUUCGCACCGUUGUGCGGAUUUCUUGGUGAUCGAUACAAUCGCAAAUGGAUUAUGACCGCUGGCAUAGCGGUUUGGGUGAUCGCAGUAUUUGCAUCCUCAUUCGUGCCUGCAAAUAUGUUCGUGCUGUUCGUUAUACUACGAGGCAUUGUUGGAGUGGGCGAAGCGUCAUACUCAACAAUCGCACCAACGAUUAUCGCCGAU